AGUUAGACAGAGCAGGAGGUGGGCUUUCACAGAUGACAGCCAAUCGCGUUUUACGUUUGUGAUACGUUACUUAGCAUUAGUCGCAUCCGGUUGAGCACUUUGAGGUCCGCUCGGGUUUUUACUUGGAAGCUUGGCUCUCGGUCUCCAGGAUGUACGGGUCCUUUCGGGUGCUGUUGCAGGUGCUAUCGGCCCAGCUGCUCUGCGUGUGGGUGCUGGGCUCCGAGCUCACGUUUGAGCUACCAGACAACGCCAAGCAGUGUUUCUACGAAGACAUCACCAUCGGCACCAAGUGCACUCUAGAGUUUCAGGUGGUGACCGGUGGCCAUUAUGAUGUGGACUGUCGUUUGGAGGACCCAGAAGGCGCUACACUCUACAAGGAGAUGAAGAAGCAAUAUGACAGCUUUACCUUCACAGCAGCCAAGAAUGGAACCUAUAAGUUCUGCUUCAGUAACGAAUUUUCCACCUUUACACACAAGACCGUGUACUUUGACUUCCAGGUUGGGGAUGACCCUCCACUCUUCCCAAAUGAGAACAGAGUCACUGCUCUCACUCAGAUGGAAUCAGCUUGCGUGUCGAUCCAUGAGGCCCUGAAGUCAGUCAUCGACUACCAGACUCACUUCCGCCUUCGCGAAGCACAGGGACGCAGUCGGGCGGAGGACCUAAACACCCGCGUUGCAUUCUGGUCCAUCGGUGAGGCCAUUAUACUUCUGGUGGUCAGCAUCAGUCAGGUGGUCUUGCUGAGAAGCUUCUUCUCUGACAGGAAGACCACCACAACACGUGUCGGCUCGUAACAGUCUCUGAGCCCCAGGAUCUGAUUCACCACUUUCUCUAUCCGCACCUGCACCUGUGCGUAGAGUAGGUUAGAAUAUCAGUGCUGAUCUGAAAUCGGAGCAUAUCAAACUGCCAGGUCGUACAAUCUGACACGUCAUCCAUAUUCAGCACUGAUUUUCUUACAAACUUUAGGCACAUGAGUCUUGAGUUUAAAGGUUAUGUAUGUUUAAAAUGUUUUUGAGGGGUAAAAGAGAACCUAAAGAAGGGCUUUCUUUGGUUGCUUUUAACUAUCUGUAUUGGAGGCAGUUCACGGUCAUGUCGUUGAAGCGGACCAUAAAUACUUUAAAUAUUUGGAAUCCUUCGUUCUUUUCUCCCCCGUCAUCUCAAAUGCUCUUUCCCUGAUCUCUUCCAUUUUUCAGCCCAAAGUGUGCACUGAAAUAACCAAGAUUGGAAUUUGUGACUAAAUGUACUCAUAAUGCAAAGUUUAUGGUUUUGUUUAAUUCUUUACAUGUAGAGCAUUGGGUCUUUAAAGCCACACUGGCAAGGCAGAGUUGAACCCCACGAAGGUUACAUUUGUGUUUUGUUUUUUUCUCUAUUAAACCUUGCUGUAUUAAGUGAGAGAGUAGAUAUUGUGUUGUGUUUUUAUCAGAUAUGUCAUUUUAGAUGAGUUAUUAGUGUGCUGUUUAUAGAGUAAACCAUCCUCUUAUCUAAUAUUGACUUGAAACUGCAUUUGAAUUGAUGGUGUGCUGUUUUCCUUCGGGUAAAGUCAUGCUCAAGUUUGACUACACCGGUGAAUUAUCUCUUAAAAAUGUUUUAAUCAUCUAUGUGACUCAAUGUGGAAAGCAAAACAAAUGGAAAUAACGGAUAUUCUUUUGUUUGAAAAUUACACUUGUUGUGUGUGUUUAUUGGCAAUACCAGCGAUUUUUAGUGCAACAUGUCUUUCACUGGUUCCCUUGCAAUGUCAUAGCUAGUCCCGCUUUUGCUGUUAAAAGUGUAAACUUAUUUAUCUUGUGGGCUGAUAUUGCGCUUUUGAUUUUAUACAGCACUGUUGUAAUAUUCAUGUUUUGCAAAAAAAAUUGCUUGAUUAUAAGGUAAUUCCACUAACUUUGAGUUCUAGUUGUAAUUUGAAUUUGUUUCCCCCCUGAUUGCCGACUCAAUUAAUUUUCCAAAGGAAGAGUUAGAUGGCUUUAUAUAAUAUGACCUAAACAUGCGUGUCUGCAGUUAUAGGCUUACUUAAAGCUGUUGCUCCAGCCAGGAAUUACGUAAAUGUCAGUGGGUCAUUCUUUCUAUCAAUGUUGACUGAUUUGCAAACAAAAUCUAACAGCACAUGUUGCUCUUAGCCACAGGCAUGAAGGCUGAAACAUGACAUACCUGAAUAUAACGUAGUCCUUUUAAAGUUCUGUUGAAUUUCUACAGUACAGAACCUCAAUGAAUGUGAUUUAGAGCAGAACACCUUUUACACGGAUACGACUGAAUAAAACCCCAAACUGCUUU